AAACUCAAAUAUAUCAACUUAGUGCUAGAAUGGCUUGACUUAAGCCUUCAGGGUCUUAUGCAGCCAAGUACAACAAUCGAUUGGAGACUUGUCCUCCCUUUUUUCCGUUUCUCUCAAAUAUUCCAUGCACAUAUUGCAAUAUUGAAUGCUCGGCCUGCGGCGGUACAAGGCAGGAACGUGAGGAAGGACACGCCCCCACUGCUCCUCGGGUAUCUGGGAUAUAGUCGAUGAUGAUGAUGAUGAUGAUGAUGAUGAUAAUGAGGAUGAGGAUGAGGUUGGUGGCGCUGCACAUACAGCACGCGCACACUUCCACAUAGAGAAUGAAAAGCGAGCUCAACUACGGGGGGAAAUAGAAUAAAACUCGCAAUGACAAGCAAAGGAUUUCAAUCGCUAUGCGGCUUGGCUCCACUUAUGUACAUGUAUAGUUAUAUAUCUUCCGAUCCAUGUGCUUUAUGCUUCAUUAUGACAGGGCAAGGCCAGCGAAAUAGUGGACAGGCAUUGCGCAUACGCCGCGUUGUGCGAUUGCGAUUUCGAGUGCUCAGCGAUGCGGAAUCGGAGCGGCAGUAAAAAAUCGGUGCCGUAAAUCGAAUAAAAGUGCAGCAAACCCCAUUAAAUUUUUUUUCCGCUUUUCCCCCUGCAACUGCACUUAAUUGUGGCGGCAAAUUAAAUUUUUACCCAACUGGGUCAAGAGAUUAAGGGAGCAUAUGUCGAGCCACGUCCAGCAUACGCCAUGUUGGCCAGUCCAAUUAGGAAGGCAAUUCGAUGGACGCCGAGGCAAAGUUAUUACAUAUCUGUGGUGUUCGCAACUUGCCCGGGGAGCUUAUCAUUAGCAAUUGGCCAGGACCUAUUUUUUGCACAGCCAUCCUAGCCCUUUUGUGAUUUAUGUCUUCGUCAUUGGCCAACAGGAUGCUGGAUGGCUGGGAAACAGAGGAGCUGAGGGGUUGAGCCUGGCUUCUACGCAGUUCUGCUGACCUGACAGCGGCGGCAACAGUUUCCGCUUUUAUUUAUGGCUCCGAGGAUUCCCAUUUGGGCAUUGCAUAACUUGGCAGCAGGAAACCGAUAAGUGGUUGGACAUUCACUUGAGAGAUGGCUCAUGGCUCACUCUUCCUAGCACUUCCUGCAGCCUCAGUUUCCCCAAGAGAAAAUCAUAAAUUUCCAUCUACUUUCAUUAUAUGUGAUUUUUGCCGUGAAAAGUUUUAAUUAUAAAAGUUCGGGGCAAACGCUGCGGCAAGCACAUAGAACAAGAAAUACGACAUGCCGCAAUGCCAGAAAUCGGCAGAAACAAAGGGGUGAAGUGAAUUUUCUAUAGCUCAGCCCGACCUCGAUUCCCCAGACAUCUUCAUCAUAAAUCCGGAGGGUAAACAAGGCCAGUGAAAACUAAUUAAUUGACUUUACUGGCGCCGGCCAUCGAUUUUAUGCGUUUCCAUUCGACAAAUACGGCUCCAGGUUGUCAUUUUAAAUCAGAGGAAAUUAGCAAGCAUUAAAAUGUACAAAUUUUUAGAGAAAAUGCAA